AUGGUAAUUCUCCGCUCAAAGGUCACUCGGCUCUACUUUUUCCGUUUGUUUUCAAGUGGUGCAAAGAAAAUCGAGUAUUCAAAAUUGAAAGUUGCAGUGCCCAAAGAAAUUUUUCCUGGAGAAAAGCGUGUUUCUUUGAGUCCAACUGGAGUGUCUCUUCUCAAGAAAAAUGGGAUUUCCGUUUUGGUAGAGGAAGAUGCGGGGGCCUGGGCAGGCUAUUCAAAUGCGGAAUAUACAAAAAAUGGAGCGGUUGUCACAAAUGUCGAUGAUGUUUUUAAUGCGGAUGUUUUAUUGAAAAUUCGCCCCCCGACUGAAGUAGAAGUCCUAAAACUGAAAAGUGGUAGCACUCUCAUUUCAUUCAUCCAUCCAGGUCAAAACAAAAAACUUCUGGAUGCCCUUACUAAAACUAACAAAACGGUGUUCGCAAUGGAUUGUGUACCAAGAAUCAGUCGUGCACAAGUAUUUGACGCACUCUCAUCAAUGGCCAACAUUGCUGGAUAUCGUGCAGUCAUCGAAGCUGCAAAUCACUUUGGAAGGUUUUUCACCGGACAAAUCACGGCUGCUGGAAAAGUUCCACCGGCUAAAGUUCUAGUAAUUGGUGGAGGAGUUGCCGGAUUGAGUGCGAUUGGAACUGCAAGAGGAAUGGGUGCGGUGGUAAGAGGUUUUGAUACGAGAGCUGCUGUGAAGGAGCAUGUUGAAUCACUCGGUGCUCAAUUCUUGACAGUCAAUAUUAAGGAAGAUGGAGAAGGAGGUGGUGGAUAUGCAAAGGAGAUGAGUAAAGAGUUUAUUGAUGCCGAGAUGAAACUGUUCGCUGAACAAUGCAAAGAUGUAGAUAUCAUUAUCACAACUGCUUUGAUUCCAGGAAAAAGAGCUCCAGUUCUGAUCACUGAGGAAAUGAUAAAAACGAUGAAACCUGGAAGUGUUGUGGUCGACCUCGCAGCAGAGUCUGGUGGAAAUAUUGAGACAACUCGUCCUGGAGAGGUAUACUCUAAACAUGGAGUCACACAUAUUGGAUUCACGGAUUUACCAUCACGACUGCCAACCCAAAGUAGUGAGCUCUACUCCAACAAUAUCGCAAAAUUCUUAUUGCAUCUUGGAAAAGAUAAUACAUUCUUUGUAAAUGAGGAAGAUGAGGUAGCACGUGGAGCACUUGUCGUUCAUGAGGGUCAGCUAAAAUGGCCACCACCACCGAUCAACUUUCCACCUCCAGCAGCACCAAAAUCAGAAAAACCUGCAGAAGUCACGGCUGUUGUCCCCUUGACACCAUUCAAAAAAACUGCAAAUCAGACUUUGUUGUUGACUUCAGGACUUGGAUCAGUAUCUCUAUUAGGACUAGCUGGUACAAAUCCAAAUAUUGCCAGUAUGUCGACAACAUUUGCAUUAUCUGGUCUUGUUGGGUACCACACUGUUUGGGGUGUCACUCCAGCACUUCAUUCUCCAUUGAUGAGUGUCACUAAUGCUAUUUCUGGAACAACUGCAGCUGGAGCUUUAUGUUUGAUGGGAGGAGGAUUGGUUCCACAGAAUUCCGCUCAAACCAUGGCUCUCCUUGCUACUUUUAUCUCCUCGGUUAAUAUCGGAGGAGGCUUCCUUGUUACCAAACGGAUGUUGGAUAUGUUUAAAAGAAAAGACGAUCCACCAGAGCACAAUUAUCUGUAUUCGAUCCCAGCUGCUGUUUUUCUUGGAGGAUAUGGAUAUGGACUAUACACUGCAGCUCCUCUAAUCCAUUCCUACGCCUACCUCGGAUCAUCCCUGUGCUGUGUUGGAGCACUUGCAGGGCUAUCUUCACAAACCACUGCUCGAGUUGGAAACGCGUUGGGAAUAAUUGGAGUCACUGGUGGAAUCAGUGCAACAUUAGGUCUCCUCCAACCAGAUAUUGACACUUUAUAUCAAAUGGCUGCCGCAGUAGGAACGGGUUCAUUACUAGGAAUUGGAAUUGCUAACCGAAUCAAGGUUACCGAUCUACCUCAGCUUGUGGCGGCAUUCCACUCGUUUGUUGGAUUAGCUGCAACAUUGACUUAUGCGGUUGCUGCGAAAAUGGCUUUGUUCCUUGGAGCAUACAUUGGUGGCGUCACAUUUACUGGAAGUUUGAUGGCCUACGGAAAACUGCAAGGUCUCUUGGCAUCUGCACCAACUUAUCUCCCAGCACGACAUCUUUUGAACGGAGCUCUUUUGGCUGGUAACGUUGGAGCAUUGGGGACCUACAUGUACUCAACUGACUUUGGAACUGGAAUGAGUAUGCUGGGAACAACAGUUGGACUCUCGAGUUUGAUGGGUGUCACUCUAACAAUGGCCAUUGGAGGAGCGGAUAUGCCUAUCGUCAUCACUGUUCUCAACUCAUACAGUGGAUGGGCUUUGUGUGCGGAGGGAUUCAUGUUAGACAACAGCCUACUUACAGUUUUGGGAGCAUUGAUUGGUAGUUCCGGAGCUAUUUUGUCACAUAUCAUGUGCAAGGCUAUGAACCGGUCUCUGCUGAAUGUUAUUUUGGGAGGUGUUGGUACAAAAUCAAAAGGAACAGGAACAGCUAAGGCUAUUGAAGGAACUGCAAAAGAAAUUGCUUGUGAUCAGACAGCAGAUUUACUUCUCAAUGCUCGUUCCGUCAUCAUCAUUCCAGGAUAUGGUCUAUGUGCUGCACAGGCCCAAUAUCCCAUUGCUCAACUAGUGAAAGAACUCCAGCAAAGAGGCGUACGUGUCAGAUUCGCUAUUCAUCCAGUCGCAGGUCGAAUGCCUGGUCAAUUGAAUGUACUUCUCGCCGAAGCCGGCGUGCCCUAUGAUAUCGUUGAAGAGAUGGAGGAGAUUAAUGAUGAUUUCAAAGAAACUGACGUAGCCCUUGUGAUCGGUUCGAAUGAUACUAUCAAUUCGGCCGCAGAAGAUGAUCCCAACAGUUCGAUUGCAGGAAUGCCAGUUUUGAGAGUGUGGAACUCGAAACAGGUAAUCAUUGUCAAACGAACAUUAGGAACCGGUUACGCCGCAGUUGACAACCCAGUAUUCUUCAACGAGAACACACAAAUGUUACUUGGAGAUGCGAAGAAAAUGAGUGAGAAACUUCUCGAAGAAGUCAAAUCGAAACCAAUGUAA